AUGCAGACACUCUACGCCCUUGUUUUAGCUACGCUUCUAGGUGCAUCCGCUGGGCAUGCGGGCCAGGCUCAAUAUUCGGUCGGCCGGCGAGAUCAUGUAUUUAACCUCAAUGAUCAAGCUGCCAGAUGUGUCCCCGCCUUGAAAAACACCUUCGAUGGCGAGGAGAGCCAAAAGGCUCUUUUGGGGAACAAAGACGAGAAAGGCCUAGAAAGGAAGGAGACGGAUUGUGUCAAAAUUGUCGAUAGAUGGGCCGCUCUGCAUGAUGUCACAUGCCAGCAUACGAGUCGGAACGCAAACUGUUCCCUGUCCACCAAAGGUGGCAAGGGAUCGAGGCACAGAUUCAAGAACUUGAAAUUGCGAGUGCAGCUUGCCCGCGGUGCCCUCGCCCCAGCUGGCACAAUCUCCGUCAACGUUGGCGGCCAACGACCCGUCCAGCUUUUCCACAAUCCUAAACCCGGCGCCUUUGCCGAGGUUGACGUCGACCUCCCGGCCGUCUUUGGAGGCCAGAAGGAGGUGCCAUUUGAGACUCUUUCGAAGCUCACGAUCCUGUACCAGCCUACGCCCGAGUUCCAGCACGGUUUCCGAUUAGACAUGUUCGAAGUCUUAGAUGUUUCGCUCGAGGCACACGACGUCCACUCCGGCCUGGUGGUAUCCAAUACGAAAUACAAACAUCUCGACGAGCUGAUGGGCCACAGCGAUACUACCAAGCUACUUCCGGUUUGGCAUGGUGAUUUCCGGCUCGAGGAUUGGCACACGUCAUUGAGCUUGGAGCCACGACAGCGUGCGCAGGGGCAAGCGAAUGGCAAGCCUACGGCCUCCAAACCCUCGAAGCUUGUCUUCUACGGUGACUUCCUGUGGCCGGACGAGGCCAAGCGGCAGGGUGGAUUUCUUACACCGGCCGACCGUCUUGCCCGGUCCCGGAAUCCCCCGAUGACGGCAUUCUCUCUACAGACAUAUGUCAAAGAGCAGCCGUCACAGCAGCAAGGGACCUAUUUUCUCAGGACCUACGAAACCUUCGGCUCGGCCGCCAAGGAUGCCGCAGCUCAGGCGGCGAAAUGGGGUGGCGCGACAAAUCCCGUCGUCUACGUCGUGCACGCGACACCAAACAUGAUCGAGACGGAAAAGGGGGUCGCUGCUGCUGGAGGAAUACUCUGGUCCCAGGUCGUAGCCUGGGCCCAGGUGCCUCACAACUACACGCUACCGGCAGAUAUACCGAAAACGAGAGAGGGCGUGCGUGAGCACUUCGCGAAGGCAUUUCACGCUCACAAGUUGGACAUUUUUGAGAAAAACGACGACUAUGACUCGAGAUUCGAUCAAUAUUCCAUCAACCAAGACGCUCAGCCGCAACUGUGGAGCACGGAGAAGGCUCAGGGAGCGCUUCUGGAUUUCAUGAGGAAAUACGGCAAAGCCGUCGGCUUCGGCAGCAAGUUCCCUCUCUUUGCCGCACGCGAACUGAUUGACGGUAAGAAAUCGGCAGAGGCGAAACGAGCCAAUGCUGUGCAGGCGCCCCACGACGAGGGCUUCCUGUCGAUGAUUGGAAACUUGAUCAAGAACCAUCCAGUAGCGGCCGCGCUCAUUCCCGCCGCCAUCGCGCUCAGCCUGGUCCCAGGCUUGGGGCUGGCAAUCGACGCUUUGGAAAUCACGGCCCUGAGCACAGAGGCAGUCGUGGGCACUGGCCUGCUGACGGAUAUGGCUGAAAGCACCGCACUGAUCGAGGGGGGGGUCGAGGCGGGGGUCGAUGCGGGGGUUGAGGGGGAGGAAUUGGGCUCAAUAGAACUUAAUGACCUGAAGCCGUUGUUGGGCAAAGAGUAG